AGGAACAACGGUCGUGCCAAAAAAGGCCGCGGUCAUGUGCAGCCUAUUCGCUGCACGAACUGCCCCCGGUGCGUAUCCAAGGAUAAGGCUAUUGAGAAGUUUGUCAUUUGGAACAUAGUGGAGGCCACCGCUGUCAGGGACAUUUUCGAAGUGAGUAUCUUCAAUGGUGAUGUGCUUCCCAAGUUGUAUGUGAAGCUGCAUUAUUGUGUGAGUUGUGUCAUUCACAGCAAAGUGGUCAGAAAUCGAUCUCGUGAAGCCCACAAGGACCGAACUCCUCCACCCCGAUUUAGACCUGCUGGUGCUGCCACACAACCUCCACCAAAGCCCAUGUGA